CGACGCCCAUGGCAGAUAUUUUGGUGUCCGUUGAAGCUCUAUCGAGAGUCCAUCGUUAAUGGCAGUCAUCUUCCGCCACUUCUCGCUGCUCUCCCCACUCCCUCCGCCGCUGCCGCCGCCGUCGCCUCCUCAGUUCCCGCCUCCUCGCUCUUCCUCCGCUCGAUUCGCAGCUGCUUCUUCUUCUUCCUCUCGAUCGCCGUCUCCGGCGUCAUCAAUGGAAGCUGCGGACAAGUUCAUGGAGUUCCCUCACGUGUUGGCACCGCACCGGAGCCUGAUGAUCGAUCUCGUGUCCGCGGCGGAGGAGCGGCUGGGCUCUCAGCUGCUUCCCUUCGCCCUCCCGCCCGACGUCCGGUGCUACCAGAACGACGCCGGCUCGGCUCGUGGCUCUCUCUACGUCAGGCGCGGCCAGGGUUCCUCCAAGGUUGAUUUUUUGUUAGGAAGUUGGCUAAACUGUCAGCUUCCAACUGGAGGAUCGCUGAACAUAACCAGCCUUUCGGCCUACCUCAACAAUUCAACCGAUGCUCCAAAUUUUCUGUUCGAGCUUAUACGGAGCAGCCCAACGUCACUGGUCCUAAUCCUUGAUUUGCCACCUCGCAAGGACCUCGUAACUUCCCCCGACUACCUUUCAACAUUCUACGAGGAAACCGAGUUGGAGUCCUGCAGGCAAGUGCUCGAGAAACUUCCAGAGGCUCAGCCUUAUUUCUCCUCGGCCCUUUACAUACGAUGCGUAGUGUCUCCCACGGCUAUCAUGCUUCGCAUAGAGAGCGAGGCAGGUAAAGCGGAAUGCUUGGAUGAGAUUGUCGAGAAGUACGUCUCUCCUGUUGCCAAAGAAGUCCUGGGAAUAUGGUUGGACAAAUGUGCCGCCGUGGAUAGAAACGUGGAAGAGGAGGAGAGAGCAUACUUAGAGAGAAGGGACGGUAUAAUUAAGAGGAAAACUAUCGAGAUUGACCUCGGGUCCAGCUUUCCAAGGUUGUUUGGGACAGAGAUAGCAAACAGAGUCUUGGAUGUGCUGAAAGAGGUUUAUGGUGUAUGAACUGACGAGCCAUGCCGCUGGUGUAGCAAUUCUCUCCCAUGGGGGAACUUCUAGUUUCGCCCUUUCUUGGAUGCAGGAUUGAACCUGAAGGGGAUGAAGGCCAAAGGUUCGAUAGUCCUGCGACAUUCGAGCUGUGUUCAGUAUGGACCGAGCGAACUAGGCCAGCAUUCUCAAGGAAAAUCAAGAUCGAUGAACAGGAUUAAGGUUGUGUGUAUUCACAAAGCUCUCAUGGACAGCGUCCGAAGCAUUAGUUUGUAUGACAUGAAUGUUCAAACUCUCAUGUCAGCUAAGAUGAAGUAUAUGAGGUGGAUGUAUCUAAUCUUUCGACGACGAUGUUAAAUCCAACUGAAUUGCCCGUCUUGUCCUA